CCCAUGAAAGGUUUUUUUAGUCGGCAAGAUUAUAGCCGCCCUAUUUUUAUAAAUAUGGGGAAUUUUUUUUGUAGUUUGGAGAGAAAGUAGAAGAUCUCCUCUCUGGACAAGCAAUCAGAAAACCACAAAACUAAUAUUCCCAACCAUUCUGCUGCAGGUUUUCUAAGGAGAUUAAAAAAAAAAUUUCACCAAGAAAACGGGCCACCAGGCUAAAGGGGAAAAAGUUUAGCUAAAGAGGUUCUCAAGGCUGAGAAUUUGUGGCGGUGGAGUAGUACUGCACAAUGGUUUGGCGGUGGCAUUGGAAUUGCAUUUAGAUAAAUAAGCUCUCCCUUUCGUUUGAUUUGUUGCUGAGUUAUGUGAUAUAGUACCUUUUGUUCUCAAGAUUGGAUCUUUUCCAAAACCGAAAUAAUGGAGAACGCUAUCCAGCAGAGGCUUAUCAAGCUUGGUGUACCCAAGGAAAUUGUGGAGCAGCAGCAACCUGGAUUGGUAGCUUAUUUGAGGCAAAAUAGGUCAAAGCUGCCGGAAAUAAUAUCUUCUGUUCUGCUUGAUGUGGAAGAACUAGAAACAGUAUUUUUAGCAACUGGAACCUCAGAGACAGGAGAUCGUGCAAUCUACCAAAAAGAAUCUUUUUCCCGUGAAAGUGUUAAAUGGAUACAAUGGUUAAUGUUUGAGGAGAUGCCACAGGCAGUCCUCGUGGAAUUAGGAAAACAGAAUGAGGGUACUCAAGGGGUUUGUGGAGCAGUGUGGGGAAACAAUGACAUUGCAUAUAGGUGUCGGACCUGUGAGCAUGAUCCUACCUGCGCUAUUUGUGUCCCUUGUUUCAAUGCAGGUAACCAUGUCAGCCACGAUUACUCCAUGAUUCAUACAGGUGGUGGCUGUUGUGAUUGUGGAGAUGAAACGGCAUGGAAAUUAGAAGGAUUUUGUUCCAACCACAGAGGCCCAGGCCAAGUACAGCCCUUACCAGCAAAAUAUGCAAUUUCUGCAGAGCCUGUUUUGGGUGCUCUUCUUCUUGAAUGGAAAGAGCGGCUACUGGCCGCAGAAAGAGAGGCUAAUGGAAAGCCCAAGAAGUGGGCUUUACAAUCAUCACCAGAAAAGGUUGCCCAUAUGACAACAGUUACAAUUGUGGAUAUGCUUCUUAGUUUGUGCAAAUGUAGUGAGAGUCUACUGAAUUUUUCUGCAACCAUGAUUUGUACUUUGCCCGGCUUGCUGGAUGUUCUGCUGCGGACAGAACAAUUUCUGUCCAAAAUAGUGGUGACAGAGCUGCAUGAAUUGCUUUUCAAGUUGUUGGGAGAGCCAAAUUUUAAGUAUGAAUUUGCAAAAGCUUUUGUUAAGCAUUAUCCGACACUUAUAUCUGAGGCAAUUCGAGAGGGUAUUGAUGGGAGUAAUUCAAGUCCAAAGUUUAAUGAUUAUCCUUUGCUGAGCAAUUUUUCUGUUCAGAUUUUUACUGUGCCAACAUUAACACCUCGUCUUGUAAUUGAAGUAAAUCUUCUUGACAUGUUACUCGGAAAUCUGAAACAGCUUUUCAUUUCAUGUGCUGGAGAAGAUGGUCGGCUUCUGGCAAGUAAGGGGCCAAUUGCAAAUCAGCUUUAUGUGCGAUUGGUUGAAGACAUACGUUAUGUUAUGAGCCAUGUGGAAGUGGCUAAAUAUGUCGCUCGUGAGAGGCCUGAUCUUUCAAAAGAAUGGAUCCAAUUGUUGGUUUUUAUGCAAGGUAUGGAUCCACAAAAAAGAGUCACAAGCACUCAUGUUGAGGAGGAAAAUGAGCAAUGGGUUCCUCCAUAUUAUUUAGAAUUUCAAAUGGCUCACAUACAUUCUCUUUUUGUGACUGGGGCAUCUAUGGUACAUGAUGUCAAACUGGGGGAAAAUAAAACUCUAAAAUCAGAACAAGAGGAUUCUGAAGAUGAUGGGGAUGUAAUUAGGCAUGCAAAAGUUGGUCGAUUAUCUGAGGAAAGCUCAGUGGUUAGAAUGGUGGGAAGAAGUAAUGGAUCUGAUCUUGAGAUGUGGGAGACUUGUCAAGGAUCUACUAGUAGUUCUCAGGCAACUGCCAUGCAAACAUGUAAUGAGGAUAUUGACUCAGCUGUGUGUUCAGUUCCAGUUGGCUUGGCUUGGCUUAUUAAUGAAUGCACAAAGAGUCUCGAUAAUUGGUUAGGAAAUGAUACAGCAAAACAUUUAAGGAACUCACCAUCCAUACAGAUUGAGAGUUCAACAAGGAAGCCAGUACAAUGGAGAGGCAGGGGUGGAAGAGGUCUAAUUAGAGAUGCACACUCAUCAGCCUCCUUUGAGCCUAUGAAUACAGAUAACAGUAGAGGGGGCAUUCUAAGGGGACUCAGACAUUAUGGGCGUCGCAUUGCAUUGCGUUCCGAGCCUCAAGAUGAUGAAGGUCACAUAGGAAGGACAAUCUCAACAGAAAAUAAUAGUAGUAAUAUCAGUGAGAUGGAUGUUGAUAUGGUGAAUAAUGAGGAUAGUUUGGGGUGGGCAUGCAUCAAUCAAGAAGUAGAAGGAUUAAGUGUACUUAGACUGGAAGAAUGGCCCACAAUCAGUUAUGAUGUGAGUCGACAGGAGGUAUCAUUUCACAUUCCUUUGCACCGAUUGCUCUCUUUAUCAUUGCAUAAGGCAAUGGAAAUGUAUGAUGCUGAACUUGGUCAGACAGAAAGCAAAGGAGGUGAUUUGAACCUCUCUCUGUCAGGAAGCCAUUGUGAUUUUUUCAAACAGCUAUUAGGGGGCUGCCAUCCAUCUGGCUUUUCUGCAUUUGUGAUGGAACACAUAUUACGACUGAAGGUAUUUUGCGCACAGGUGCGUGCAGGCAUGUGGCGACGGAAUGGCCAUUCAACUCUUAGUCUUUUUGAAUUUUAUCAUUCUGUUCGGUGGUCUGAGGAUAGCCUAGAACUGGAUUUAUUCCUCCUUCAAUGUUGUGCUGCAAUGGCUCCACCAGAAGCGUUUGUUCUUAGAGUUCUUGAGCGAUUUGGCUUGUCUGAUUAUCUUUCGCUUAAUCUUGUUCGUCCUAAUGAAUAUGAGCCAACAUUAACACUGAAAAUGCUGGCCCUGAUCAUUCGUGUAGUGACAGAACGUGGAUAUUGUGGAUUAUCUGCAAAAGAGUCUUUAAAAAGGGAGCUGAUACGCAAGUUAGCUGUUGGUGAUGCCACUCGUAGUCAGCUUCUCAAAGCAUUGCCUCCUCGUCUCUCAGAUAAGAAGGAUCUUCAGGAAAUUCUAGAUACUGUAGCCAGUUACUCUCAUCCAUCUGGCAUGCAACAGGGAAAAUAUUCCUUGCGGAAAGAUUACUGGCAAGAGCUUGAUCUUUACCAUCCAGGAUGGAGCUCAAGGGAUUUGCAGAUAGCAGAAGAGCGCUACGCUCGCUUUUGCAAGGCAUCUGCCGUGGUUAAUCAGUUGCCUUGCUGGAAGAAGCCUUUCCGACCUCUUUACAACCUAUCUAAGAUAGCUACUUCAAAAGGGGUACUUCAAAUUGUCCGUUCAGUGGUUUUCUAUGCUGUUUUUUCUGAAAGUUCUUCAGAGUCACGUGCUCCUGAUGGUGUGCUGUUCAUGGCUUUACAUUUGCUUGCAUUAGGGCUUGAUAUUUGCUCUUCAAAUAAAACACAAACACAUCACAUGACAAAUAAUGAUAUGUUAGUGCACAUAAGUCAAAUCAGCACAAUGCCAGAAGAAAAUGAAACUAUUUCGAUGGAUAUUGCAACCUCUUGUGAUGAACAAGAAUCAUCCCCACUUUUGGCUUAUGCAACAGAAGUUAUUAAUAUUGGUAGCAUUGAGAGACUGGAUAUAUCAAAUCAUCAAAGCUUGCUUUCGUUGUUAGUGCUGUUGCUGCAGAAGUAUGAGAACGGGUGUCAGCAAGGAAUUGCUCUGGAGUCCAGUCAUUGCAAUAUAGCAGUUUUGAUCCGUAGUCUCUUACAGAAGUUUGCUGAACUUAAUUGUGGAUGCAUGCGAGAGAUUGAAAAGCUUCUCCCAAGUGUUGUUCAUCAUUUAUCUGUUCAGAGCGAUAAAUGCUCUGGUGUAAAGGAUGCAGUUGAACCAGUUAUGCCAGCUUAUCUAUCUGAUGUAGAAAGGAAGAGGGCAAUUGCUAGGGAGCGCCAGGCUGCAAUUAUGGCAAAGAUGAAAACAGCACAGGCAAGCUUUGUAGCGAGUCUUGGCUCCAAGGAAACAGUAGAGUCAAAAGAUUCAGAACAAGGGAAGUUGUCUUUGGAAGAUGAUGAAGACUUAGAAGGAACGGAAUUAUUAGUUUGUUCUCUUUGUCGAGAGUUGGGAUGUAAAAGUCCAACAGCUUUCUUAACAUUAGUACAGAGAUCGCGCCUUCUUUCCUUUGCUGAGAAAGGGCCCCCAUCAUGGGAAAAUACUCAUUUGAAUGGAGAUGACUUAAAAACUAGUGGAAGAGAAGGUGCUUCUGAGAGUGCACUUGAGUCUGGAAUUCUAGAAGCUGAAGCUGACUGGCAGUGGAUUGAUAAUUUUCUGGAUGCGAAUCACAAUGGGCCUUUGGAAGCUGAAGGACUACUUGAGUUUUUAAGAGUACACCUACCUAAUGUUACAAAUGCUAUUGUUUCAGAUGAUUCAGAUGCAAACAUGCAAGGUUCUGCAGAUAUUAGGGAAGAUGAAUCUGUCAUUGUAGAUGAUAGUGAUAGCUGCAAAGAAGCAGCAUCAGAUCUUGUGCUUAAUGGUUUGAGUGAGUCACUAGCACUGAUUAGAAAAGGUAUGGCAGCAGGCAGCAAGGAUGCAGAAACAGAUGUUCUUGCAGAGUAUGUUGCAGCUAUUUAUAAUGAAAUGUCAAAACAGCAAAAGGAUACUGAAAAUCAGUCUGAAUUUUCCAGUACGGAAUCAUUGGCACUGAUUUCCCAACCAUCAAUAUUUGAUGGAUUUGGACCUAGGGGUUGUGAUGGCAUCCAUGUUUCUUCUUGUGGUCAUGCUGUACAUCAGGAGUGCCUGGAUCGCUAUUUAUCAUCAUUGCGACAGAGAUAUAACAGCAGGAUUAUAUUUGAAGGGGUACAAAUUGUUGAUCCUAGUCAGGGUGAAUUUCUAUGCCCUGUCUGUCGGCGUCUUGCAAAUUCUGUUUUGCCUGUACUUCGUGAGAGCCCCUGUGCAGCAAUGUCUGGUAUUCCUAGUAGAUUUUCCUCUGGAGAAUCUUCUCGAUCUUCUGCUUCCUCACAAAGCAUUCAACUUCACCAAGCUUUGACUCUCCUUCGGAAUGCUGAAGUACUGGCUAGCAAACAAGGAUUUCACAAAGCUGCUUCGCGGCACCAACAAAACCGUAUUGUGGAAAUCGAAUCUCUCUCACAUAAACUCUAUGCAUUAUACUGCCCAGGCAAAAGCAUUUCUAAGCCUACAUCUGAAAGGAUUAAUCAGAGUUUACUUCUCUGGGAUGUUUUUAGGUAUUCCUUGUUAGCAGCAGAGCUAGCUGCUCGUUCUUCAAGGCUAGAUACAAUUACUAGAAGCUCUGGCAGUAGUUUGGAAGCCCUUCACAGGGUUGUUAACUGUUCCAGAGGUUCUGUGCUUUCAUUGCUUCUGCAGGUUGCUAAAGCAACACAGAGCCAGAACCGGCUUACAGUUUUAUUAAGAUCAAGAGGAAUGCAACUUCUUGUGGGUUCCAUUAGUUGUGGUGUUUCCAGGGAUACAGUCUCUACAAAUUCUUUGACAGGUAACAUUUUAUCACUUCUUGAGCAUAUCAACAAGGGCAAGGAUUUUCCAGAUAUUCAGUUUUGGAAGCGUAUGGCAGAUCCUGUGCUUAUUCAUGAUCCUUUUUCAUCCCUCAUUUGGAUGUUAUUUUGCCUCCCUACUACAUUGCAGAUAGAAAAUGAACUGUUCAUUUCUCUUGUGCAUCUUUUCUAUCUGGUCUGUUUGGUUCAGGCAAUUGUGUAUGCUGGAACAUUUAAUUUUUCUGAUUGUGAUUCAAAGUUUGAUUCUCAUUCCUUUAUCAAAAGUAUAUCUUCAGAAUUAUCAGGAACUACACUGAGCCAGUUAUAUUCAGAGACUGCUGAGGCAGACCUUUUUUCGUUUUCAAGAGAAUUGCUGAUUCGACGUUUGACUUUACCCUACUUACGGAGAUGUGCUUUGCUAUUUACACUGCUCUGUUCUUCAUCUGCUCUUUUGAUUGAGACUGGUGGUUUUGAGGAAAUGGCAGGUCAUAGGAGUGAUGAUCACAUGGAAAAUAAAGAUGAGAUUUUAAAAGAAUUGGAAGAGCUUCAACAUCUAGAAAAUCUGUUUCAUAUUCCAAUUCUGGAAACAAUUCUUGAUGAUAAAAGUGUCCAUGACCUUGCCUUGAAAUGGUGUCAACAUUUAUUUAAGGAAACAAGAGCUCGGUCAUAUAAGCAUGUUGUGCGUAGUCUCCCAGCAUGCCCAUUUGAACUGAUGCGUUUGCCUUAUCUUUACCAAGAUCUUCUGCAAAGGUACAUAAAAGAGUGCUGUAGUAGGUGUAAAACUGUGCCUGAUCAACCAGCAUUGUGCUUACUCUGUGGUACUCUUUGUUGUGCUCCAAGUCGCCGUGCAUGUUGCAAGAAAAAUGAAUGUCUUCGUCAUGCGUUUACCUGUGGUGCUGGUAUUGGAGUUUUCUUGAUGAUAAGAAAAACAAAUAUUUUGCUUCAAAGAUCUGCACGUCAGGCAUCCUGGCCUUCCCCAUACUUGGAUGCAUUUGGAGAGGAGGACUAUGACAUGCAAAGAGGAAAACCCUUGUAUCUGAGCAAGGAACGUUAUGCAGCUCUUACACAGAUGGUGGUUUCUCACGGGCUUGAUCAUAGUUCGCACGUUCUUCUUCAGACAACAAGGGAACAAUUCUUCUUAAUUUAGCUCACAAUUGUUUUAGCACAUUUUUCAGAGGUUCUCUCUGUGGAUAUCUGAACUUUGUAUAUUGCAACAAGGCUAAGCCAUAAUGAAAAUUUCAUUUCAACAAUUGAGAUGAUAUCAUCCACUCUUUACUUCCGGAGGCCUUCAGUGCUUCCCUGUCUGGUUGCCUGUAUAUAAGUUUACUUUUUAUUUCCUUUUUACCAAACUGAUCUGUAUGUAACCCGAGAAGUGUAUAUUUUGUUGAUUAUGUCACUCCCUUUUUGGCCUUUGUAUUUGUUUGUAUAGGCAAGAUGAAUACUUUCUGGAGAACAUUGAUUUUGCUGAAAAUGGCACUAACAGAUUUUUUUCCAGAGCAUAUAAAGAGUGUCUUGAAUAUAAUUUUACGUCCCAUCUGUUUCAA